AAAGAAAUUAAAAAAAAAGGUUGGGUAAAGAGCGUGCUUAAGCUCAAGUGCAAAGCCAAAACCCAAAAAAUGAAUAAGGAAAAAUACUUGAUCGGCCGGCCAGCAACUUUAACUUCCGAUCAAAAUCCCAAAACCCAACCCCCAAUCAGGGUUUUUCACUUUCUCUAGAUUUUCCCUCACUUUCUCAUCUAUCAAGCAAACCCCACUCUUUCCCACCAAGCUAAAAGAACAAAAGCAAAAAACCACAUAAAAAUAGAAAGAUUUUUCUCAAAUGGAUUUCAACGAACUAGAAGCGAUCGAAGGCCUUCGAUGGUCGUGGCAUUCAUGGCCCACAACAAAGGCUGAUGCCGCCUCAUUAACGAUCCCACUGGCCGUCAUGUGUACUCCGUUAACGGAAUUCUCGGAGCUCCCAAUCCUCCCUUACGACCCUCUCACUUGUUCUAAGUGCGGCGCCGUUUUAAACCCAUACGCGCGCGUCGAUUACACCUAUCGUAUCUGGUAUUGCCCUUUCUGUUUCUUCAAAAACCCUUUCCCCCGAACUUACUCUUCUUCCCUCGGCGAAUCCAACCUUCCCGCUGAACUCUUCCCUAAUUACAGCUCCGUUGAAUAUGCAAAGACCGUUAAUGCCGUUAGUAAUCCUAUUGGGCCAUCGCUAUCGUCGUCUUCAUUAUCGUCGAUGACAUCGGUAGCAGGAGAGACGGGGAUUAGAGGGGCGGCGUUUGUGUUCGUGGUUGAUGGGUGUUUGGAGGAAGAGGAGAUGAGAGUGGUUAAGAGUGAGUUGUUGCGCGUGGUGGAACAGUUGCCGGAGAGCUCGUUGGUUGGGUUGAUCACAUUUGAUGCAAUGGUGAAUGUGUAUGACCUUGGAUUUUCGGAGUUUUCAAAGGUUGUCGUGUUUCAUGGUGAUCGGGAUCUUUCUUCGGAGCAGAUACAAAAAUUUCUUGGAAUUGGUGGUACAAAGCUACAGAAACUUGGAAAGAGUCAUGCUAUCCAAAAGCAGAGUUUUCUGCUACCCAUAUCUGAAUGUGAGUUCAAUAUAACAUCUGCAAUAGAGGAGCUCCAUUCUUCUGCGCAGGUGACACCAGGCCAUCGACCUCAAAGGUCAACUGGAGUGGCAAUAUCAACUGCACUUGGACUUCUGGAAGGAUGCUUGGUUAACACAGGGUCCAGGAUCAUGGUCUUCACAUCUGGACCUGCUACUCUGGGCCCUGGGAUUGUUGUAGACUCAGAUCUUGGUAAUGCUAUUAGAAAUCAUAGGGAUCUAAUAAAUGGUCAAGCUCCUCACUAUCGAAAAUCUUGCAACUUUUAUAAGAGAUUAUCACAGAGACUAUGCGAUUCAUCUGUUGUUCUUGACUUGUUUGCUUGUUCACUGGAUCAAGUUGGAUUAGCAGAGCUAAAAGUACCUGUUGAGAGUUCAGGUGGAUUCAUGAUUCUAGGGGAGUCUUUUGAGUUGGACCGAUUCAGAAAAUGCAUGCGCCAUAUAUUUAGUCGUGAUGAAGGGGGGAAUUUGAAGAUGUAUUUUGAUGCAACCAUUGAGAUAGUGUCCACUAAAGAUGUAAAAAUCUGUGGAGCCCUUGGACCUUGCAUUUCUCUCCAGAAAAAGAAUAAUUUGGUGAGUGAAAAUGAAAUUGGUGAAGGUGGUACAUGUAUGUGGAAGUUGGGUACACUUACUAAUAAAACGUGUAUUGCUUUCUUCUUCCAAGUAAAUGAUGAGCAUAAACCUCAACCUGGAGCUGCAUUUAUGAUACAAUUCAUAACACGUUAUAGACAUGGGAACAUGGGAAUUCGGAAAAGGGUGACAACCGCUGCUAGAAGAUGGGUUGCAAAGCAGUCUCCAGAAAUUCCUGCUGGGUUUGAUCAAGAAGCAGCAGCUUCAGUUAUGGGCAGACUUGCCAUCCACCGAGCAGAGACAUGUCAUGCCAGAGAUGUUAUCAGAUGGCUGGAUGAUACGCUAAUCCGUUUUGCUUCCAAGUUUGGAGACUAUGUACAGGAAGAUCCUUCAUCUUUUCAUCUUUCAUCUAACUUCUCUCUUUUCCCCCAAUUCAUGUACUAUUUAAGAAGGUCCCAAUUUCUUGAUGUCUUUAACAGUACCCCUGAUGAGACUGCAUUCUUCCGGCUGAUGUUGAAUCGUGAAGGAGUUAUGGAUUCUAUUGUCAUGAUACAACCGUCACUUCUGCAGUAUUCUUUUGAUGGUCCUCCAGUUCCAGUCCUCUUAGAUAUUCGCUCUAUAUCCCCAGAUGUUAUUUUACUCUUUGACUCUUACUUUUAUGUGGUUAUUCAUUAUGGAUCCAAGAUUGCUCAAUGGAGAAAGCUUGGCUAUGAUAAAGACCCAAACCAUGAGAAUCUGAGAAAGUUGUUGGAGGCCCCCGAGCUUGAUGCAGAGCAACUGGUGGCAGAACGAGUUCCACCUCCGAAGCUUGUUAAAUGUGACCAGCAUAGCAGUCAGGCAAGGUUUCUUCUUGCCAAGUUAAAUCCAUCUGUUACUCAGGAUUCGACUUACACGGAUGGUUCAGAUAUCAUAUUUACAGAUGAUUUGAGCUUACAAGUUUUCAUAGAUCACUUACAGACCCUUGCGGUGCAGGGCUAAGUGAAGUUUUAUGUACAUCUCUUCUUAAUGUCAUACGAUAUCAUAGAAAAUAGACUCACAUCCUUACAUUAUUGUAUAUUAUCAUAGAAAAUAGACAAUCAUCAAUCUUUCUCUCUCUCUCUCUCUCUCUCUCUCUCUCUUUUUUGUUUGUCAUUUCGGCUUUGGCUCAUCUCUUUUUUGUUUUUUGGUUUCUUAGUUUCUUUGGAUUCCUGUAUUUUGUAAGCUGCUAUUGAAACUUUUGAAUUAACGAGGAACAAAGUGAUUUCAUUAAAUCUUGUGCACGC